CGUACCAUCCACUGACUCCGAGGCCGUCUCUCCCUCCUGAGAAAGCCGCGAUCCGCGAGCGAACCACACCAAACCGCUAACCAAAGCAUCCAAACGCCGAGAGAGAGAGAAAAAAAAUUCCCGCGGCGAUCGACGGCGGCGGCGGCGAUGGACGCGUCGAGCGAGCUGCAGUGCGUGGGGAGGCUGGAGGUCGCCGCGCCGCCGCCGGCGCGCUACCUCCGCGUGGGCUCCCUCCCCGUCCCCACCGACUCCCCCGCCUCGCCCCCCGCCCUCCUCCCGUCCGCGUCCCCGACUGGAGCUCCAAGGUAUCAAAUGCUGCCAUUGGAGACUGAUCUCAACACACUCCCGAUGAUACCAAAUCUCCCAGAAAAAGUUUUCCCAGCUGAUGCAAAGAGUAAUGAAGGAUCACGAUAUGGAAAUGGACUUGUCAACCAAAACUUAUCAAGGAAGUGUGAAGCACUGGCCGUGUCAGGCCUAGCUGAAUGUGGUGAUGAAAUAGAUGUGAUUGCCCCAACUGAUAUCCUGAAGCAGAUUUUCAAAAUACCAUACUCCAAAGCACAAGUAUCUAUUGCUGUUAACCGUAUUGGAGACACACUCAUUCUAAACACGGGGCCUGAUGUUGAUGAAGGUGAAAAGAUAUUCAGGAGACAAAGCAAUCACCCUAAAGGAUCUGAUCCUUCGAUGUUUCUGAAUUUUGCAAUGCAUUCAGUGAGAGCAGAAGCUUGUGAUUGCCCACCAAGUCAUCAACCAUCACAGGAGAAGCAAACAGCACCUGCUAUCUUGCGUGGACCGUUUGAUCAUAGUGAGGGUUCAUUGGAUUCGCCAUCGUCAUCUAGCUUUAGCACUUCGCCUUAUCUGGAUCAGAAUAUCAGUAAAAGUAGAAAAGCAUCACAUGGCACUCGUGAAAGCCUGUAUUGGGGUGCAAGGGAAAAUAAGCAGAAAGUUAAAGGGUCUGACCCUGUUAAGAAAACCACUCAUGUUGGUGGCAAAUCCAGAUGUGAUGUACAAGAAUCUGAAAAAAGUAGGAGGGUAGGAAACAAUGGAUUUCGGAAGGUUUGCUUUUGGCAGUUCCAUAAUUUCAAUAUGCUUUUGGGUAGUGACUUGCUUAUAUUUAGCAAUGAGAAAUAUAUUGCAGUCAGCUUACACCUCUGGGAUGUCUCGAGACAGGUUACUCCGUUGAACUGGCUAGAAGCUUGGCUAGACAAUAUAAUGGCAAGUGUGCCAGAGUUGGCCAUAUGUUAUCAUCAGAACGGUGUUGUCCAAGGGUAUGAGCUCUUGAAAAAUGAUGAUAUUUUUUUACUUAAGGGGGUAUCUGAUGAUGGUACACCUGCAUUUCAUCCACAAGUUGUCCAGCAAAAUGGCCUUGCUGUCCUGAGGUUCCUUCAAGAUAACUGUAAGCAAGACCCUGGUGCAUAUUGGUUGUACAAGGGUGCUGAAGAGGACGUUAUACAGCUGUAUGAUCUGUCUAUCUUACCUCAAAAUCAUACAGCUGGUGAUCAUAGAUCUACAUGUGGCCCUAUGUCUUCUUUAAUGAAGAAGGGGAGAAAGGAGUCAUUGUUCUCUUUGGGCACACUCCUCUACCGUGUUGCUCACAGGAUGUCUUUAUCAAAGGUGCCUAGUAAUAGAGCAAAAUGUGCGAAGUUCUUCAAAAAAUGUUUGGACUUUCUCAGCGAGCAGGAUCACCUGGUUGUUAGGGCAUAUGCUCAUGAACAGUUUGCGAGGCUCAUCCUCAAGUGUUAUGAGGAAUUGGAAUUGACAUCUGAAUCGUAUCUGCUUGAAUCUGAAGUUACUCUUACUGACUUGGAUGAGUCUCCAGAGCUGAGCCUUGAGAAUUUUCCAUCAAAGCAAAAUGAAGUACUGACAGAGAUUAGCAAGGAUGAACCAGCGACCUUAGAUAGUAUGUUGGAAUGCUCACAGUCAGGAUCUCCUCAAGCAACAAAUAGUUUAGUGGAACCGGGUCAUGUUGAUAAUAGUCCUGCAUCUUCAGCUACAAAAGGAGACGUCAUUGUGGAUAGCUUGGUAAUGUGUCAGUCUGGAACUUCUCAGAUAUCAAGAACAAUUGCUGAUGUAAUAUCCUCCAAGUUGGCAGCGAUACACCAUGUAUCACAAGCUAUCAAAUCCCUUAGGUGGAACCGACAGCUCCAGAAUACACAAGAUGGUUGUGUUGACAAUGCAGAUACCAUUUGGGAGAAACCUGUUGACUUUUCUUUAUGUCGAUGUGGUGACAUUGACUGUAUUGAAGUUUGUGACAUUAGAGAGUGGCUACCAAGAUCAAAAAUGGAUCACAAAUUAUGGAAACUUGUUCUUUUACUAGGUGAAUCUUAUCUGGCACUUGGAGAGGCAUACAAGAAUGAUGGGCAGCUUCGCCGCACUCUUAAAGUUGUGGAAUUGGCUUGUCUAGUUUACGGGUCUAUGCCUAAAAAUAUCGACGGUGAGCAAUUCAUAUCAUCCAUGUCCAAUAGAUCAUUGAGUCUUGAAGAUGGUGAUGUAAGGGCAAAUCUUGUAUUGGAUGAAGCAGAUUAUUUCAAAAACACAAAAUGUUUCAAUUAUGAUGUUUCUGCUGGGCAAUUGCCUCCAAACUACUUAUUUUGGGCUAAGGCUUGGAUGCUUUUAGGGGAUGUAUAUGCAGAAUAUCAUAGAUUCUGUGGUCAACAAGCACCAGUGUUGCCUGAACAAAAGCCUGAUGGUGAACUUAGAAUGUCAAAUGAAGUUGCGAUGGAAAUCAAACGUCUUAAGAGAAAACUGGGAAAGGAUAAACAGAACUGUGACACAUGUUCACUGAUAAAUUGUAGCUGCCAAAGUGAUAGGGCAAAUAGUGGCAGCAGUGCAAGCAGCAGUAGUUCUGAGACCUCUACAUUAUAUGGAAGAAAGAAAAACAAAAAAACAUCUGGCAGGAACUUCCAUCCACCGUCUAGAGAAAAUAAAGAGAAUACCGGAACCCAGGACUCUAUGGGAGAUUCUGAAAUCAAGCAGCAGAAUGUGAAUGAUGUUUGCCUUGAGAAUAGGCCUGUGCCAAAUGUUGAUAUUGAUAGUAAUAAUCACACCAUGGAAAAUCAAGUAAGAAAUAAUGGGGUUCCUAAUAAGUCUGAAGAUGUUUCCAGUGUGAGGAGUGGUGGUAUCUUUAAGUUCCUUGGAGGACCUAAGACAGGAGAUAUCGAAUAUAAUUUGCAUUCUGCUAUUCAUUGCUAUAAUGCAGCCCAGGGAGUCAUAUUUGCAUUCCCGCUGCUGUCAGCAGAAAAAUCCACAAUUCUUAAGAAAAAAGGCUGGGCAUUUAAUGAACUGGGCCGCCAUAGACUUGAAAGUAGAAAUCUGGCUCGUGCUGAAAUUGCUUUUGCUGAUGCUAUUAGAGCAUUUCAAGAGGUCGCUGACCACACGAAUGUUAUAUUAAUCAACUGUAACUUAGGUCAUGGUAGAAGAGCUUUAGCAGAGGAAUUGGUGUCAAGGAUAGAUGAAUUUCAGAAGUAUGAUUUUCCUCAAGAUGCAUAUUUGCAAUCCUUCAAAUCUGCUAAGUCAGAAUAUUUUCAAGCUAUAAACUAUUACACAGCAGCUAAGAGGCAACUGACAUAUGCUGACAAUGAGGUCGAUAAAGUACUUUACAAUGAGGUUUACACGCAGUGUGCCCAUACACACCUCAGACUUGGAAUGCUUUUGGCAAGGGAAAGCUUCUUAACUGACAGUUAUGAAGGUGGAUUUGUUGAUGAAUCAUCUAAUAGAACAGUUCUUGAGAUUUCAGCAAGUGAUGCUUUCAGGGAGGCUUUGUCUACAUAUGAAUCCCUUGGCGAACAUUGCAAGCAAGAAGCCGCCUUUGGUCACUUUCAGCUUGCUUGUUACCAGAGGGAUCUGUGCUUAAGGUUCCUUGAUUUGGUUGAUAAAGAGGUCAAACAGAAGAAUGAGGAUAAAUAUCGUCAGAAAGCUAGGUGGUAUGGUUCUUUAGCGGAGAAGAACUGGCAGAGGUCUUUAGAAUUUUAUGGUCCAAAGACACAUCCUACCAUGUUUUUAAACAUCCUUAUGGCACAAUCUUCCCUUUCUGUUAACCUCUCCAAUUCAUUCCACUCAAAUGUGAUGCUUGAUAACGCGCUGAUGCAAUUGCUGGACGGCCGCCAUUUGGUUGAAGCAAACGAAGAGUAUUCAAACGACGUGGAUCUGGACAUAAAGCCGAAGUUCUGGAGCCAGUUGCAGAGCCUGCUGAAGAACAUGUUAGCAGCUGCGCUGCCUGGAGGCAGCACAGGCAGACCGGCGGCUUCUGUUGGUCAGGUCAACACCAGCAACAUUAGAGACACUGCCAAACUAAAAGAGAUGUAUCGCCUGUCGCUCAAAUCAACAUCUCUUGGUCAGCUGCAUGCGUUGCAGAAGAUUUGGGCCUCGUAACGCGUCUCUGUUGUACAAACCUCGACAUAUGUACUCUUCAAUGUGAUUGCUGAGAAAUGAUCAUGUAAAUUAUAUCA